GUCGAUUACAAUGUCUACAAUAUGUGUUUAUAUGUAUGUAUGCGCUGCCGCAGUUCCAGCACGGCAACUACGGUUCGCUGAAAGUACAAUGCCACAUUGAAUGCCGCGACGCCGCUGACGUUCAUUGCAUACCGUUAGCUGUUGCUGCACAUUUCUUAGAUAAGACCAAACGACUGCCAAAGUUGCGACUAAGGUCCGAGCUUAUAUUUAGAAGUAUACACCAGGUACCAAACACAGUUCCAAUAGAAUUGCCGUACUAGCUCGAACCAUUUCGCAAGUCAAAUAUCGCGCAUUAUUAACGUGUAAUCGGGUAUAUAAAUAUUUUAAUCUAGGAGGAUUUAACACCCAUAGACAACUGAUAAGAUAGAAAGGACGUAGUGUGGACAGGAUGAAAUUAGAAACGAAAAAUGAGCCACCGCAAUAUUUAAAUGAGCAAUUUUUCAAAACCGCUUUAGAGGAUGGGCUGCGUGAUAUGCGUGUCGAUAUAAAGAAAAUCAUAUUCGCCGAAUCGAACGGCGGCGGUGAGAACUAUUGCAGUAAAAUAUAUCGUGCCAAAGCUUUGUAUCGGAGUAGCAAACAUCAGUUGGAUGAAGAGUUGGCGUUGAUUGUGAAAAGUAUUGCCAUAACACCGGCCACACAGUUUCUGGAGGAAUUAGCGGUAUAUUUGCGUGAAAAAAUUUUCUAUUUCGACGUGCUCGGACGGUUGGAAGUAUUAAUUGGUGAUGGUGCGAAAUUUGGACCAAGAUGUUUCUACACAACUCGGGAACCCAUACAGACAAUAGUAUUCGAUGAUCUCACGCAGUAUGGCUAUAAAUUGGCAAGUCGCCAAAAUGGGCUCGACGAGGAACACUGCGUGGUUAUAUUGAGAAAAUUAGGCAAAUUUCAUGCGACUUCUAUGGUUUUAAUGGAGAAGGACCCCAGCGUUCGUGAACAUUUCACCAGCGGCAUGCUGGACGAACACUAUAUACGCACCAAUGAGCGUUUCAUCGAUUUUAUGUCACUUCAAUUGCGCACACUCGCCGAUGUCGUAUCCAAGUGGCCAGGCUAUGAGGCAAUUGCUGUGAAAUUACAUCGACACUGCGAUAAUAUUAAAGAGAACCUCGUGAUAACUGGACAAUCGCAAUCAGGCGAACUAACUGUGCUAAAUCAUGGAGAUUUAUGGGUAAACAAUUUUAUGUACAAAUAUGAUGUGCAGGUUGCAACAAAGCCCAUAGAUGCAAUAUUCCUCGAUUUCCAGAACAGCUUCUUUGGCAGUCCCGGUUGUGACAUAAACUUCUUUCUGAAUAGCAGCGUACAGUUGGAUGUGUUAGUUAAUCGCCGCGACUUCCUCAUAUAUACCUACUAUGAAGCGUUGCGGAGCUCUCUGGAACACAUGCAUUACGAACACAUACCCACGCAGCAUGACAUCGAAAUGGAGAUCCGCGCACGCGAAUUGUACGGCUUUUUUUCGUCGUAUGCCUUCUUGCCAAUGGUGGCGAUGCGCAAAGAGGACUCUUACGAUAACAGUAUUGAGGCUUUAAGUAAUCAGGAAUUUGCGCGCAAAAAAGUACAACAAAUGUUCUCCUCAAAUCCAAGAACCACGAAUACAUUGCGUUAUGCCGUCAAACGUUUUGAUGAUUUGGGUAUAUUCGAUUGAAACUGGAUUGUAUAGCUAGAUUAUAAAGCAGAAAGGGCGUGACAAAGCUAUUGAUUUCAUUUCAUUUUUGGAUUGCGUUCACUUUUCAACAUUAAUUAUUUGUAUUGUUUAGCUGUAGUCUACAAUGUAAUGCAAUAUUUAAUAAUUCAAAGAGCAAAUAUAGAAUAGAUUUGUUACUGAA